AUGCGCCCGGCCGCGCCUGUCGGGUGCGCUGCGGCGGCUUCCCGGUGCUCCUGCUCGGGCGGCGCUCAGCUCCGGGACCCGGCGGCGGCCAUGCAGCGGCGCGGACGGCCGAGAGGCGGGGCGGAGCCGGCGGCCCGAAGGCCGCUCCCAUUGGGCCUCCGGUGCCGGCGGCCGGCAGGUGAGGGGCGGGCCCCGGGCGGCCGGCCUGCGGACUGCAAGUCCCGGCGGGCCCCGGGCGGCCGGCCUGCGGACUACAGGUCCCGGCGUGCACCUCGAGGUUCCCGUCGCCCGCCCCUCUCAACCAGCCGCCCGUGCAUGCUCUGUGGCAGCGGCGGCAGCGGCGGCGGCGGAGCUCGCGGGUUCGAGCCCCGCGUUCAGGCGGAUCCCGACGGUGCGGAGGCCGCGGAGUCGGAGCCCGAGCGCGCGCCCCGGGGCGCGGGCGGAGCCGGAACGGGCGGGGCGCGCGGGUCCCUAACCCCCGGGCCCGCGCUGGCCGCGGGGGCAGUAACGUUGCCUGGCUGCCCGCACCGAGGGCCAGGCGGGGCCUGCCUCGAGGGUCUCGCGCCGCGCCCUGGUCCCCGUGUGCCUGUGCGGCUGGACGCGGCCUGCGCGGGGGGCCUCCCGCUCCGCCGACCCUCGCGGCCGCGCGCCCACGCGCCCCGGAGGCCGCCGGCGAUUGGGCGCGCGGCCGUGACGUCAGGGCGCGCGGCGGCUCCGCGCGGGGGUUCGGGGCCCCCCGGCGCCCGGCGCGCGCGCUCGGCGAGUAGCGGGAGCGGGGCGCGCGCCCGGGGCCGGCGUCUAGCAGCUCACGCGGGGUCCCGCCGUGGCCCGCCCGCCGCCCGCCGCCCGCCGCCCCGCCGGCCUGGGGGCCUCCCGCUCGCGCGCCCGCCCGGCCGCCCGGCCCGCCCGCACACGCGCGCGCGGCCCCGGCGCGGAUUUGAAAAGCCCGGUCCGCGGGCGCCGGGCGCGGCAGCCAAUCAGCGGCGCGCACUUUUCCCGCGGCUGAGCGAGGCGGCGGCGGCCCCGGCGCGGGGCGGCGGGCGGGAGGCGCGGGGGCGGGGUCGGCGCCGCGCGCGGAGAGCCUGGGCCUGGCCGCGCUGCGCCCGCCGCCCCCUGCCGCCCGCGGCCGCCCCGGAGGAUGCGGCGCGCCUCAGGUCAGUGCGGGGCGGGGAGGCGGCGGGCGGCCGGCGGAGCGGGCCGGGGGCGCGGCGGGCGGCAGGGCGCGGGCGGGCGCGGCGGCGGCUAACGGGGCGGGCGCGGCCAUGUUGGGCCCGGCGGGCCGCGGGCUGCACCUGUGCCGUGGGCCGCCGGGCCGGCCGCCUUUGUUCCCGCGCCGCCGGGCCGGCCUUUGUGCGAGGGGCCGGGCGGCGGGGCGCGCUCUGCGGGCCGGGCUGGACGCCGGCGGCGGCCCGGGCCCCGGCAGGUGGCGGCGCGGGUGGGCCCGGCGUGGGGGCCGCGCCCGGGAGCGGGCGGCGCGCGCCGUGCCCGCGGGCCUCGGCCGGAUGCGGGCCGGCGGUCCCGGGAGCCGCAGGACGCGCAGGGAUGGAGCCUGGCGGCUGGCUCUACGUCUCGGCCUUGCGGUGUCCUGAGAGCAGAAGCACCUGGGCUGCUUGGAACUUGGCCUCGGGAGGAGUCCUCUGCGUGGAGAGAGCGGUGAAGUGCCAAGCAAUGAAGCAGGCCCCCGAGAGCCUCGGUGCCGCCAGUGGGAAGCCGCAGGGCUGCGAGGUGGGCCGCGAGUGCUCCGUGUUCCUCAGCAAGGCCCAGCUCUCGAGUGGCGUGCCCGAGGGCGUCCUGCAGAAGUUCAACGGCCACGACGCCCUGCCCUUCAUCCCCACCGAGAAGCUGAGGGACCUCACGUCCCGGGUGUUUAACGGCGAGCCCGGGGCCCAGGGUGCCAAGCUGCGUUUUGAAUCCCAGGAGAUGAAGGGAAUUGGGACACCUCCUAACACCACCCCCAUCAAAAAUGGCUCCCCGGAGAUCAAGCUGAAAAUUACCAAGACAUACAUGAAUGGGAAGCCUCUCUUUGAGUCCUCCAUCUGUGGGGACGGUGCUGCCGGCGUGUCCCCACCAGGAGACGACGGACAGACGUCAGGGAGCACAGCGAGGAGGAGCCGCAAGCGGAGCUUGAAGCACGACGCCUUCCUGGAGCAGGACCCCGUGCAGGCUGCCGUGGCGCCCCAGCUCUCCAGCCUGCCAGACGCAGAGGUGCCAGUUCAGAAAGAGCCCUGCGCCAGCACUGGCCGAGACAGAGAUCAGCUGUUGAAGUACAACGUGGGCGAUUUGGUGUGGUCCAAAGUGUCGGGUUACCCCUGGUGGCCCUGCAUGGUCUCUGCUGACCCACUGCUCCACAGCCACAGCAAGCUGAAAGGUCAGAAGAAGAGUACGCGCCAGUACCACGUGCAGUUCUUCGGUGAUGCCCCGGAAAGGGCGUGGAUAUUUGAAAAGAGCCUCGUUGCUUUUCAAGGAGAAGAACAGUUUGAGAAGUUGUGCCAGGAUAGCGCCAAGCAGGCGCCCACGAAGGCUGAGAGAAUGAAGCUCUUGAAGCCCAUUUCAGGGAAACUGAGGGCGCAGUGGGAAAUGGGCAUGGCCCAGGCCGAGCAGGCUGCAGGCAUGUCGGUCGAGGAACGGAAGGCCAAGUUCACCUUCUUGUACGUGGGGGACCAGCUUCACCUCAACCCGCGAGUCGCCGAGGAAGCCGGCCUUGCGGUGGAGCCCCUGGGAGUAGGGGGAGAAGCCGAGCCCCCGCUGUGCGGCAGGGAGGAGGGCGUGAAGAGGAGACGGAGAGCCAGACCCUGCGCCUCGGCUGCGGCCUGCGAGAGGGGGCCUGGCUCCACGCAGAGCCCCGCGCGGCACCCGGCAGAGGCCGACCCCAGGAGAGGAGGGGGGCUUUCCCCUGGCAGGAAGAAGGCCUCGGUCCCAGCCCCCCGAGGCAGGAGAGCAGACGCGGCGUCCCAGUUCCUGGUCUUCUGUCAGAAGCACCGGGAUGAGGUGGUGGCGGAGCACCCGGAGGCCUCAGGGGAGGAGAUUGAGGAGCUGCUCGGGUCCCAGUGGGACAUGCUCAGUGAGAAGCAGAAGGCACGCUACAACACCAAGUUUGCCCUCGUGACCUCGGCUGUACCUGAAGACGACCCCGGUACCUUAAAUGGGAAGAAAAGAAGCCACUCGAGGAGGCCCUCGGGCACUGCAGAGGACGUGGAGGACACACCCAGGAAGAGACUGCGGGCGGAUAAGCCUGGCCUCCGGAAGAGAGACACGCUAGCUGACAAAACAACCAGGAUAGGCUCCUACAAGGCCAUGGAGAUGACCUCCUCACUCAAGAGCCAGGCAGCAACGAAAAAUCUGUCUGACGCGUGCAAACCACUGAAGAAGCGAAGCCGGGCCGCCGCGGCAGCGUCUUCAGCUCUUGGGUUUAGCAAAAGUUCGUCUCCUUCUGCAUCCUUAACUGAGAAUGAGGUGUCCGACGGCCCAGGAGACGAGCCCUCAGAGUCGCCCUAUGAGAGCGCGGAUGAGACCCAGACAGAGGCGUCGACUUCGUCGAAACGGUCAGAGCGUGGAGUGACCGCCAAAAAGGAACACGUGUGUCAGCUAUGUGAGAAGACGGGCAGCCUGGUGCUGUGUGAAGGCCCCUGCUGUGGAGCGUUCCACCUGGCCUGCCUCGGCCUCUCAGGGCGGCCCGAGGGGAGGUUCACCUGCCGUGAGUGCACCUCAGGGAUCCACUCGUGUUUCGUGUGUAAGGAGAGCGAGCUGGAGGUGAAGCGCUGCGUGGUGACGCAGUGCGGGAAGUUCUAUCACGAGGCGUGUGUGAGGAAGUACCCUCUGACGGUGUUUGAGAGCCGGGGCUUCCGCUGCCCGCUGCACAGCUGUGUGAGCUGCCAUGCCUCCAACCCCGCCAGCCCCCGCCCCUGGAAAGGUAAAAUGAUGCGCUGUGUGCGCUGUCCCGUGGCCUACCACAGCGGGGACGCCUGCCUGGCGGCAGGGUGUGCGAUCAUCGCGUCCAACAGCAUUGUCUGCACGGCCCACUUCACGGCACGCAAGGGCAAGAGGCACCACGCGCAUGUCAACGUGAGCUGGUGCUUUGUGUGCUCCAAAGGCGGGAGCCUCCUGUGCUGCGAGUCGUGCCCGGCCGCCUUCCACCCGGACUGCCUGAGCAUCGACAUGCCCGACGGCAGCUGGUUCUGCAAUGACUGCAGGGCCGGCAAGAAGCUGCACUUCGAGGACAUCAUCUGGGUGAAGCUUGGCAACUACAGAUGGUGGCCGGCAGAAGUUUGCCAUCCCAAAAAUGUUCCCCCAAAUAUUCAGAAAAUGAAGCACGAGAUUGGAGAAUUCCCUGUGUUUUUCUUUGGGUCUAAAGAUUAUUACUGGACGCAUCAGGCACGAGUGUUCCCGUACAUGGAGGGGGACCGGGGCAGCCGCUACCAGGGGGUCAGAGGGAUCGGAAGAGUCUUCAAACACGCGCUGCAAGAGGCUGAAGCGCGUUUCCGGGAAGUCAGACUCCAAAGGGAAGCGCGCGAGACGCAAGAGAGUGAGCGCAAGCCCCCGCCCUACAAGCACAUCAAGGUGAAUAAGCCUUACGGGAAGGUGCAGAUCUACACGGCAGACAUCUCCGAGAUCCCCAAGUGCAACUGCAGGCCCACGGACGAGAGCCCCUGCGGCCUGGACUCCGAGUGCCUCAACAGGAUGCUGAUGUUUGAGUGCCACCCGCAGGUGUGCCCCGCAGGCGAGCGCUGCCAGAACCAGUGCUUUACCAAGCGCCAGUACCCCGAGACAAAGAUCAUUAAGACGGACGGCAAGGGCUGGGGCCUAGUGGCCAAGAGGGACAUCCGGAAGGGUGAGUUUGUGAACGAGUAUGUGGGCGAGCUGAUUGACGAGGAGGAAUGUAUGGCCAGGAUCAAGCGUGCGCACGAGAAUGACAUCAGACACUUCUACAUGCUCACCAUUGACAAGGACCGUAUCAUUGACGCCGGCCCCAAGGGGAACUACUCACGGUUCAUGAACCACAGCUGCCAGCCCAACUGUGAGACCCUCAAGUGGACGGUCAACGGUGACACCCGUGUCGGCCUGUUUGCCGUAUGCGACAUUCCUGCAGGGACAGAGCUGACCUUUAACUACAACCUCGACUGUCUGGGCAACGAAAAGACGGUCUGUCGCUGCGGGGCCUCGAACUGCAGCGGCUUCCUCGGGGACAGGCCCAAGACGUCCGUGCCCCUGUCCGCGGAGGAGAAAGGCAAGAAGGCCAAGAAGAAGAGCCGGCGGCGCCGGGCCCGCGGGGAGGGGCGGCGGCAGUCGGAGGACGAGUGCUUCCGCUGUGGCGACGGCGGCCAGCUGGUGCUGUGUGACCGCAAGCAGUGCACCAAGGCCUACCACCUGUCCUGCCUGGGGCUGGGCAAGCGGCCCUUCGGGAAGUGGGAGUGCCCGUGGCACCACUGUGACGUGUGCGGCAAGCCUUCCACCACCUUCUGCCACCUGUGCCCCAACUCGUUCUGCAAGGAGCACCAGGAUGGCGCAGCCUUCAGCACGGCCCAGGACGGCCGGGCCUACUGCUGCGAGCAUGACUUGGGGGCGGCGGAGGGGGGCAGCACCCACACGGAGAAACCCUUCUCGGAGCCAGGGAAGACCGCGGGCAGGAGGAGGAGGAGGAGGAGCUGGCGGCGGCGGCUCACGGAAGGCAAGUAGCACAGGUGGCGGCUUGCCCGGCUGCAGGGAGAGGGGGCGCUGGGCCG